AUGUCACGAACUAGCAAUGCUGGUGUCAGUGACCCAGCCACCGGCUCUUGGCUUGCGCAAAUGAUGCUCUCCGAAGAGUAUUGUGACCUGUGCUUUUCUUGCGACGGGGAAAUCUUCAAAGUUCACAAAGUGGUCGUCUGCCCUCAAUCAUCCGUCAUUCGAGACGCCGUGAGCACCGACUUUCUGGAAUCAGAAAUCGGCGUCUUGGACAUGGAUGCGUAUACUCCCGAAUUGGUGCAAAGAUUUAGACAAUUUCUAUACACAAAAGUCUACGAUGCUACUGACAUUGAAGAUGGAGUGGCGCUGCCAGCAGAUGAUGCUACAGCAGACAUUGGCUCAAGUGCAGCCAAUUCUGCCAUGUCAACAAGCAGAGAAAGCAGCAAAAAGUCGUCUCUAAACAGAGAAGCUAUGGCUCAAGACCCAAUUUAUAGGACCAUCCUGGAUCAUGCCAGCAUGAUGGAAAUUGGCGAUUAUUAUGACGUGCCGGAACUCGUCAAAUUUGCCCGCGCGCAGAUCAGUGACGCUUUGGCCGGCGCAUCAGCUGAUGCCCCUUGGGUUGCGGGCCUUCCCUACAUUGCUGAAGACGCGCUCGACAUUAUCAGCGACGACGACCUCGAACGAACCUUCGCUACUGCCGUCUCCGAGAAUAUUGGGACGAUUAUUGCAAUGCGCACACUCAAAGUCUCGCCACUGGUGACGUCUUUUUGCCUAGAGGUGCUCAAGAAGUGCAGCACGACAAACCGGGUGCUUUCUGAAGAGCUCUUGUCCAAGACCAAAGCUCUGGACGAAUUGUGUAUGAAACAUAAAGUGGCCCUCGAUGAAAUUCAGCAGCUCAGCCCAAGGAGAGAAUACUAA